AAACAGGCCAAGCUGACCAUGCCAUGGCUCGUCACUCGAGGAAGGACGGCACCCCACCAACAAGAUGAGUAAGAUCACAUUUUACGAGGACAAGAACUUCCAGGGCCGCUCGUAUGAGUGUGACACCGAUUGCCCAGACAUGCACCAGCAUGUUAGCCGCUGUAACUCUGUCCGGGUGGAGAGCGGCUGCUGGGUGCUUUAUGAAAAGCCCAAUUACAUGGGUUACCAGUAUGUCCUGACCAGAGGAGAGUAUCCCGAAUACCAGCGCUGGAUGGGCUACAGUGACACAAUUCGGUCCUGUAGGACCUUCACUUAUAACAGCGGGGGGCCCUACAGAAUGCGCAUCUAUGAGCGUCCAGACUUCCAGGGCCAGAUGAUGGAAUUCAGCGACGACUGUGAAUCCGUGCAGGACCGCUUCCGCAGCAAGGAUAUUUACUCCUGCAAUGUGAUGGAUGGCUACUGGACCAUGUACGAGCACCCCAGCUACAGGGGGCGCCAGUACUUCAUGCGGCCUGGCGAGUACAGGAAGUUCAGCGACUGGGGUGCCACAUGUGCCACCACCGGCUCCUUCCGCAGGAUCACCGAGUUUUAAACAGCCUAUGGCUUCUCUGUCCUCUUGAUAGACUUCCCAAUAAAUAAAACAUCACAAAUAAAACAA